AUGUUUAAUUAUUUUACUACUGUAUUUGUCGUUAUCAAAAUGCGAUUUCAGCAAGAAAUUUCUCAAAAUAAAGGUUUUAUUUUUGAAAAUAUCGUAAAAUUAGUAGAUUCUGGAUCAGAAGAAUUAUCAUUACUUGAAAUUCCAGAAACAAGUGAAAUGAGCAGUUUUCGUGUCAACAUUCGAGACCUUGGUGUUAAAAUGGAAAAAAGCGAUAUUAUAGUUAAAAAUGGAAAACGAAUUUCAGAAGUGCUUUUUGGGUUAGAUAAAGAAAUUCAAGCAACUAGUGACGAACUUGAAGAAUUUCGACAUCAAGCGAAAGGCUUUUUAUUUUCACUUGCAAGUGAGAUGAAAGCAAUCACACAAGAAAUUGAAAAAUCGCAGUGGUUAGAAUAUGGUUUUUUCAAAUAUGUUAUUAAAUCAAAUAGCCACUCGUUGUCAGAUAGUUCAGCAAACUUUAUCUGUAAACGACUCAGAGUGUUAGAAAAACAGAUACCCGGAUUUCAGGAACAGCUUAAGAAAGUUAUUGCCGCUAUUAAUUCAGUCAGUCUUAGUGCAGAUACUACACAUGGGCACUUGAUUGAUGGAGAACGAGAAGCAGAACAUUUUUUAAAACAACACUGGCUAGGUAAGAUUGCUGAUCAUAUAACGCGAAAGCAAACAGAGGAUGAACUUUUACGAGUGCGAACUAUAAUUAAAAUAUUGAAAGAACUAGCACCAAAUAUUAUAAAAUUUGAAAACUUCUUAAAAGAGUACCGUCAUCAUAUACGAGAUGUUGCCAAAGAAGUAAAAUAUAGCCCCACAACGAGAAGACUUGAAGUAUUUGAAACAAGCACAGCAGAGAAACAGUCUAAAUCUAAAUCUUUGGAUGAUUUCAAUGUUAAAUUUCUUAACGAAAAGCAAAAUCUUGACGAAGAAGCAAUAAAAUUUUCUUCAGUGGGAUAUAAACCCAUUGAU